AUGUCGCAAAAGAGUCCGUCACCUGAAAACCUGUUCUUCCCUUCGCCUCCACCGCCAACAGGUUUCCGAGUUCCAGAAGGUGAAAUCUCGGUCUUGGUCCACAAGGCGCAGACCGUCAAAUCCCUGAGCUCGGCCGUUUCUCAGUUCCUAGAUCAUCACAAGUUCAUGUUCGUGGAAGUGCUCAAUCGCCAAAUCCAACUGAUCAAGUCGCGCUCACAAUCUCUCGAUGACGGACAGGUGACAAUAUACGACAAGGCACUCCUGCUCCUGACACACAAUGGAAAUGAGCUGGAGAGUCCGGCGGCGAUUCAUUUCUAUUGUGAAAAGUUCCUAGGUCUCAACCUCGAUGGAAAAGUUUCAGAAGUGACCAAGUCUCUGCAAGCAUCAGUGAAAGUCCCUCAGCUCUUGGAUGAAGGCUCAGCAUUAUCCGAAACGACAACAGCAACUGAGAAGCGCCCGGCCAAAAGAGAUUCCUUCCCACGAAGUCAUCGAAAGGACAUGGAGCCCAAACUAGCACGCCUCUGGAGAGUGUAUGAGACAGCGCGAGCAGAUUACCUGGCUGUGGUAGACAAGGACAGCCAAGAGACAAUUUCCACAGCCAAAUUUCUUCGUGACACGGCCGAGAAUACCCUGCAAUACCUGAAAAACAAAAAUGUCGACCCGAUUAUGGUAACAGAGCUGGAAGCAACCUACAACAUGGCUAAAGCAGAGGUGGUGUCCUUGACUGGUGGCAAGAAGCGCAAAUUCGACCUGGUGGAAAUCGAUGAUGUCAAAGGAGUUCCGCGUGGCCCAAGUAACGAGACCAAGACACCAAGACGAGGCGAGCCAAAACAACCAUAUCUCUCAAGAAGCACCGACAUUGCCAGUGGCCAUCGUGAAUCGAGAUCUUCGCACGGGUCUUCGUAUGGAGCGAGGGACUUGGACACUUCAAUUGCUCGUUUCACGGAAGACCCAGGUUUUCAACGUGGCUACGGUGACCCACUAACAGAUAGAGGUUCCUCUCGUGCAAGAGGCCGCGGCAGUGGCAUGGCACCAACCUCAAUGCGUGGUCGAGGACACAGCGGCACUCCCUGCAGAUAUUCGAGAGGAGUUGACUCGUGGAAGCCAUACGGCGAUAGAAGACCUAGAGGAAUGUAUGGCUAA